CCACAUCCCUCAACCACGCCUUUACAGCUUUCACACGCAUGCAUUGAUACCAUUCCCCUCAUUCGCUCCACCUCCACGUGCCCUGUUACCUAUUCUCCUUCAACCCUACCUCACUUCCUCCCGCAAUAAGCUCACAACCAAAUUCCCAAAUCCCAGCCAGCCUCACAGUCCAUACACAAGGCAACGAUGUUCUGCCUACGAAGCUGGAUACCAAUCCUCUUCUUUUUGCUAAGGACCAAUGCUUCACCCGUCUACCUCGUCCUGUUUAUCUCCGCGACCUACUUCCUAAACCGACCUUGUGUGUAUUGCUCGCUGCUCCUAUUCAUCCUCGUCGUUGCGCUGUUCGACUUCCAUACUCCCUGGUUUGAGCCACCGCUUGAAAGCGAGAGUUUAGAGGGUGUGAUUAAUGGGACGAGUCCGUUGAGAGAUGUGAUUGGCGAGACGGCGAGUUUGGUGGUGAGCGCGGCGAAUAGCACAGCGCAGGCGGCGGUGAAAGCUGCUAUAAAUGGGCUGAAAGACAAAAUGAGUGUCGGGAGUCAGAUAAGUGGAGGUAUGGCCGAGGCUGGGGGGCAGAGUUAUGAGUGGGUGAAGGGGUUAUUGGGGAAGAAGGAGUGGCGGAUUUCGUGUUUGGAUGUCUUGUUUCGGAUAUGAACCUAUCAAAUGAGAAGGUCAUGAAGAGUGGCUGGCGUAUGCCUAUCUGGCUUACAAGGGACGGCUGGACAGCGGAUUGGAUCUCGGGUUUUCUUUGCCAGGGUUCAAUGGGAUACCAUUCCAUACCAAGGACAGGGUGCAUUAUUGGUCUGGCGCAUGGUAUUUGGUGCAUCUUUUGGAGUCUCCGAUUAGCGCUGUGAGCGCCUAAUUACAUCUUCUCUCUGCGGCUUUACGGUGCAUUCGGGAGAGGUGGUCAGGGGUCAACGGCAGGUUGCAAAUGUACGAUAAUUUUGGCAUCGGAGCCGGCUGGCGGAAUGUGUUUACAAGCAGCUCUACUUCUUCUAGCAAGAACGAGGUAAGUCCUUUGCAAUACCCUAUUACCAUUCCGUG